CUAAUUAUUUAUAAAACAUGGAGAGUACUGUGAACACCACCUUUAUCAAACCUCUAAAUGCAGGUUUAGUUUGUCCUGUGUAUACCAUUUGGGAGGUUUAUACCAUUACUACUUCCCAGUUCUGGAUGGAAGGAGUAAUUCAGACUUCUCUGUGCAUAGUUGGUAUUCUGACCAGCAUAUUUUCUAUCAUAAUUCUUAGCAGGAAAGAGUUGUGUAACACCUUCAAUCAGUUGUUAAUCAGCCUGGCAGCAGUGGAUGUAGUUUACAUGGUCUGCAUGCUAGUGAUGAGUCUAGGAGAACUGAAAGUGCUUGUGACUGUUAGAAUACUCUUAACUCCGUAUCUUCUUCACCCUCUUCGAAGUAUAUCACUCACUGCAUCAGUAUUUAUGAUGAUGUCAAUAGCAGCUGAGAGAUACACAGCUGUAUACUAUCCAUUCUCAAGACUCCCUCGAUCAGUAGAGGACUAUACCGAGGUUAGAAGAAGGAGGUUGCUUCUUCAUAUUCUACCAGUGCUAUCUCUGGCUGUUCUAUUCAACAUUACAAAGUUUCUCGAAGUUACUCUAGAUCAUGAUGGAGAGAGAUAUAAACUCAAGAUUACCAAGCUGAGAGUAAACCCUGUUUAUCUAGAUAUAUAUUCAUGGUCAAGAUUGAUAGUGAUGGGGGUCAUCCCUGUUCUGGCCACAUCAGUUCUAAAUUACAAAAUAUAUUUAGCUAUCAGGCUCUCCCGUGAAAGCCGCCGCCAGCAGAUGUAUCGUCUGGUUGAGGGAGAAGAUGGAAAGUCCCCACUUCUUAGAAGACCAGAAAACAGUCGGAACAAAAAAGAGGUCAAUGAUGAGCACUUGUCAAUAAUGCUGGUGGUCAUUGUUCUGACUUUUCUUCUCUGCAACACAUCAAGAUGUAUUCUGACAGUGUAUGACGUGUAUGUUCUCGAUAUUACAAGAGCAUGUCUUACGGUGAAUUUGGUUGGACAUGGGUAUCCGGCCUGGAACAUUAUUCUAGGGUUUGUUAGUCAUAUUCUGCUAGUUCUCAAUCCAACUUUAAACUUUUUCAUCUACUGUGCUAUUGGGCAGCGUUUCAGAACGGCUGCAAAAUCAUUUCUCAAUGAUUUGUUCAACCGUGGAGAGAGGUCUGGUAUAUCCAGAAACAGUAUUGGUAACCGGUCUGUGAGAAGCGUCACUUUAAGGAGUUCCUUAAAUCUCUCACUGCUCAGGGGAUCCAGCUUAAGGGGAUACAUCACUACGGCUAUCCGGGCCUCCUUUAGUAGAUCGAGGGAAGAACAGCUGCCUGCCCUAGCUGAACAGUUAGAGGUCGACCAGCAUCCAGUCACCUCCAUAGAGGAGGGAUAUAUCGGAUAUUCUUCCAGAAACCAGCAUUUAACUACGUCAAGAUGUUACCGGUCAACUUCCUCGUCGUUUAGAAGCCAGCAUUCAUCAAGAGGAAGAUGGAACGGGUUUCCGUUGUCUUCCUCCGGUAGCCAUCUUCAGCCCACGUCUCCUGGUCUUCUCUCGACUAAUGGUGGCAUCAGAAGCAACUUGUAUUCGAGUUAUAGUGACAGACUAGAUCAGAACAGCAGGAGGGAUCCUACGGACUACACCAGAGCAAGGAAUUUUGCUGGAAAAGGAAAUGAAGGCUGUCCACAAGCAAAAUUCCAAAACCAACCGAGUUUAAUCAAAAAAAGUGAGCUGCAGCGUUCUAGUGUGAAAACCUUUGUUGUACAAAGCUCGAGCCAAUUUGAUGUUGUGAUAUGUUGUGAAAAUGGAACUAAUUUGUCAGCAAGGGCGGAGUCUUUUUAUCAUACUCCAGACUGUUCAAGCAAUCCUUUAAAACUUGACCAUUCUGAGGGAGUUGAACAAAGUGUGGCCAAAAAUCGACAAAGCCCCGAAAUUCUGAUUGAAAACAGUGAUACUGUAACACGAGAAGGUAAACAAGCAACUACAUGUACAAAUAUAUCCCAAGAAGGUUCCUACAAUGCUAUUAAAAGAUCCAAGUCUGUAGAAUCAAGUUUACCUAAACCAGAAGAGCAGAUAUCAGCAAGUUUUUCUAUUCCUCUUAUUCCAAGAACUGUUCUAACAUCAAGAUCAUCGUUUACAUUUAAUAGUUCACUAGAGGCUAGAAACCUGUCAACUUUUGAAGAUCAAUCUUGUUAUUUAAACUUCUCAAAUUACAAGGAAUCUUCAAUUUAGUUUGCAAUAUUUUUUUUUCGGAAAUUGAAAAUACUUAAAAAAUUAUAAAAAUUAAUAAUGUACUGUCUUGAAGGAGUACGACCAAAAAUAAGAUUUGUGUACAUA